AUGGAGUCCACAGAGGAGCAGCAGCCAGUGGUUCGUAUGCGUGGGCGACCACUCAACGACACAAACGGCGCUCAAUCUGCACUUCAACGAGGCCUUGAAGCACUUCAGGAAGGAUCUGAAGACGUAGAUGAAAUUCGCAAACUUGACUCUCAACUAGACCAUCUGAAUGAUUACAUGUCCAAAAUGGAGGAACGGCUUAAGUUGCAUAAUGAGAAGCUUAUGGAGACACUUCGACAACAAAAAGAGGAACGCGAGAAACGUCGGCGUAGCUUCCACGAGCGUAUGACCCAGAACCAAGCGGAAGACACGGCUUUCCAGCAGCAGAUGGCAUCGAUCUUGAACCGUGUAGAUUCGGUUCGCAAUCGACAAUCGAUUUUCGAUAUAGUGAACAAUAUGGACAUCCCCAAGGUGAAUAAUGUAUAA